ACAGGCGCGUAUUGUCUGUGGUCGCAUCUGCUCAAAUUAAAAGCACUCGGCACUUUUUGUUUUGCCGCGUAUACUCUGCUCGAGCGAACAGAAGCGGGCAGGGUUUUGUAGAUUUUAGAGAGAUAGGGUUUAUGAGAAGGAUUGUAGAGAGAGAGAGAUAGUUAUUUGGUUUCUUUUCUGGUGAUAGAGCGAUAAAUUAUUUGAUAUUUUGCAGUGAGAGAGUCUUUUUCCCUGAGAGAAGAGCAAGUUUGGCUCAAUCCCUGAAAGUUUUGAAGUUGGUUAUGGAAUAUAUGGAUAUUGGAGCCGAUAACUCUCGAGCUAUUUGUUUCCCCUUUGAAGCCGUUGAAUCUGGAGAAUUUCCGUAUUAUUCGAUGGAUGCUUUGUCACUUAUGAUGCACAUUCGGCACGAAGAAAAGGUUCUUGGCAUGAAAAGGAGGUGGUUAAUGGGAUUGCCUACAGGCUCCAUCUCUUCUCGGAUAGGUUUAAAGCGGCGUAAAGUUCCCGAUUUUUUGGACAAUAAGUCACAGCCAGAAUCCUUUUUGAGGGAUGACGAUUCCUUCCUGGAUACAGUUAGGGCUUCUGUCCAGAAAAGCUUUGAAGCUUUUAAUGCUCAAGGGAAGCAUCUUUUUGUAGACCAUUGGAAACUCUUCAACGUCGACGUGGAGGGGCCUUCAUCUGCCCAAAUCUCUAUGAUUGCAAAGGCCUUCCCUUCCAUUCUCGAUGAUUUAAACAAUAGAGGCCUACUUCGCUUAGGAAAUAUCAUCAGGGGAGACUCUCUUAAGCAUGAGAAAACCCGCCCCAGAAUUAUCAGCAUUAUCAACAGAUAUCUUCUAUCAACAAUUAGAAACCCUGAGUCUCUGAGCCAGAUAAGGAAUUUGCUCAAAGACCCAGAUAAUUUUCAAGAGAAAUGCAUAGAGGUUGGGAACCGGCCCUUUCGUUCGUGCAUCUUGGCAGCUGAACAAAUUCUUGAAGAACUUGAUGGCUUCCCUUCCCAAACGCUAGAGGCAAUGCGAAGAAAACUCAAGGGACUCCCGAGUGCACUCACUGUUGACUGCAAGCGCCUGAACGGCAAAAGUAAGGGUCCUCUGAUUAAUAGAAUACAGAAAGCAUGUAAAGACAUCCUUUCAGAAAUCCAUGAAGGGGAGGAGCUUCCUGAUAAGUUGCGUAAAGCCUUUGUUAUUGCAGGCUUGUCAGCCAAACAAACUCGAGGGUAUGACUACGGCCUUGUCACUUCUUUGGGAAAGUUUCCCCGUGAUAUAGAGGCUCUGCAUAAUGAUAUAAUUAGGGCUAUUUCGACAGUCCAGAUUGUCCCAAUAGAAUUGCUAAAGGAUGUGUACCCUUUGCUUUGCCCAAAUGCCAAAUGUUCAAGUCAUUCAAUCCGGGCAAGUGUGAAGAAUUUGUUGAUCGAGCAUCUUUUCGAAUGUACCGAAAUGAGCUACUCAGAGUCACUGGUGAGAGUUCUCUCUCUCAUCAAUAAGAACGCUUCAGUUGAGCCAACAAAGGAAGAAAUGGAAGAGGAGGUGGAGUGUGUAUUGACACUGAGUAGUCAUCUCAGGCAGAUUGUUUGGGAUUGGUCGGACUAUCCCAAGAUUGAUGAAGAGUUUGCUGAUGCAUAUAUGGAUGAGGAGGAUAAUUAUGAGGAGGAAGAGGAAGAGGAAUCUGUAUUUGGUGAUAAUUAUUCCUUGGAGUAUAGAUACACCGGCUCCCCAUUUAGGGAAUCAGCUUUUGAAGAGAAUGGUUACCUUCACAUUCAAGAUGCAUGUGAUGAAGCAAGUCUACUUGCUUAUCAGUUAGUUGGUCGUUUACUUGAGGGACUUGCAGAUAGUAACGGUGUUGAGUUGGAUGCAAGUACAAGGUCAUAUUUUAGAGGCGGAACAUCUGUUCCUCCUGCUAAAUCUUCAGCUGUGCGAUGGAGUUUCUCAAAUGUUGAUGUGGGGGCAUCAAAACUGAUUAAAAUUGUCAAAGAACUAAUCCCUUCUUUUCCAGAGAGUGCACUGCAGAGAGUGAAGGAGUCAAUUGGAAAACUCCAAUAACAUACUUCAGCUGAAUAUGUUUCUUUUGUUGCAUGAAUAGAUCAGGUUGGGCCAUUGAUCUCCAUUAGAUCGCCAUUGUAUGGACAAUUGCCGAGGGGUGGAAGUGUUGGAGAAAAAUAGGAGGGUUUUAAGGGACUGUACAUGAUCUCCAUGAGAUCGCCAUUGCAUGGACAAUUGCCGAGGGGUGAAACUGUUGGAGAAAAAGAGGAGGGUUUUAAGGGACUGUACAUCUUUUAUCUUUAGUAGAAGGAGGUUACAAUUAA